CGUCAGUCAGUCAGUGCUGGGUGUAGACUUGCUUGGGAAUCCGGCUCGCAAGUCCGAAUCAAAUUCUACUCUGCUCAAAGGCUGCACAUCAUCCCACGCUUCAGGUCUGUCAAGGCGUGCGUGCGCGCAAAGACGUGUCCCCACUUUGCUACAUGCAGUCGCUCAUUCGUACCUUUGCACCUGCCCGGCCCACACCUCGAUCCGCUGCUCGUGAGACGCAAAACGCUACAUGGGUCUAUAGCGGCGAUUGCAGCUCAGGCACACUCGUGACUCGAGAAUUGGACGAUUGCAUGGAAACGCUGUCACCCGUCAGAUACGAUCGUACGCUACGCCAGGCCACACGACGCGAAAGCUGGAAAGCGCGCAUGCAGGUUCACUUUGAUCAUCGUAUGUGCCGUCGCACCUUGCCAAUCAUCCGCUCGAUCGUCAUCACUAUUGAGUGCACACUCCGGCUAAACGGUUGGCGUAGACAAGUACUUCUUUCGAUUGAUUUGCGACGAUGCAAGGCAAGUGAGGGCAGGGAACCCCUUUGCCCUUCCGUAAUCCUCUUCGGCACGUCUUUAGGAUCAGACAGACUGCGUCCAGCAGACCCAAAGAUCAUUUAAUUUCGAGCCACCCUUUGUGCAUGAAGUCUUCCUCGUCUUCCUCGUCUUGAACCUGCAGGCGAGUCGGGAUGGCAGAAUAGUCUGUUCAGACAGGAACACGGUCACCACACGGCACCUCGUGCCAUCUGUAAUUACUGCAAUCAUUGACUCUGACUGGCCGCACGCGC